CUAUGUGUGUGUUGACCGAAAAUGUUGCUCCUGCCCCUCCCCCUAUAGGGAAUGUGGCUAAUACUGAGGAACCUGCACCUGUUAACCUGGAACCUCUUGACAAGGCUAGGAAAAACAAGAAAAAAAUGCCAAAGAGGCCGCAGGUAGAGCCAGAUGAGAUAAACAUCUCACAAACUGCCCCAACAGCCCCAACUGCAGAGGUUCCAGGAACUGACGAACCUGCUCCAAUGAACCAGGCCACAACUCAGGCUCCAAAUGCUCAGCCCCCUUCUGCAGCUCCAAAGUUUAGGCCCAAACAGAGUGUCAGAAGGCCCCAAGGACAUCCAAUGCAGCCCAACCAACCGUCUCACAAUGUACAACCCCAACCACAAGCACAAGGCUUACAACAAAACUCUCAUGCAGUCUCCAAUGAAACUCUGGCAGCAGCUAGCCCUGGGACCUCAGCAAGGCUAUUUCAGUUCAUUCCAACUCCAGGAAUGAAGCCUCCACCAAAGAAACAGUGAAACAACCUGCUAUAUGGAUAUCAUGUUGUUAGGGAAUGUAGAAUUUUGGUUUAAGGGGACACUCUAUGUUAGUUAUUUUGGUUAUGGUGUUGAUGUUAUCAUUAGGUUCUGAUUUCAAGCCUUGAU